UGUGGAUUGUAAAACGUGGAGUGUGGAUUUCACUUUCCUAUUUUGUUACUUUUUAUUUGACUUAAUUGCUUUCUCUAGAUAAAUUGAUAUCAAAUGUAUUUUAAUAUAAAAACGGUAUAUAUGUUAAGAAAGGUAGUUUUGGUUGACAAAAGGUAUUAUCUUAAAUAUAUUAUAGAUGAUGAUGAUGACGACAAUGAUGAUGAUAUAUGAUUAUAUUAUAUGAUACAUGCUAAUUGUUGUGCAAUUCUUCCGCUUUCACUCUUACUUUAGAUUUGGCAUGGGACUUGCUUCAACGUUGCCCAAAUUUGGCCUUCACUAUCACUAAAUUAUCUAAAACCACUCCUAUGUUGAAAUUGGCUCGUAUGCGUUUUGCAUUCUUAAGUGGAACACGACUCACACGCUGGCAAAGGUGGCUUUAUGAUUGUAUAUACGUACGAGAAGUUGAUCAUGUUAACAUUCAUGAUAUAUCUAUAAAUGUUGCCGAAUCAAAAGAAGGUCAUAGCAAUAAAAGGGAUUUCAUUUCCUCAGUUAUGAGUUUAUAUAGAAGAUUUGCUAAGAGCCUCUAUAUAUUUUGCGGAAUCCAUUGUAUAUAUGAAAUGAAAUCGACACAUAAGUGGAUCUUUCAAUUUCUACAUUGCAUGGGUGAAGUGACAAGAAUUGAUAAUUUCACACCGGAUCAACUUGACAUGGUGCAAAAAUCAAUCUUCAAAGCUAUAGAACAAGGGCAUUAUGAGUUUGUUACUGAACUGUAUAAAGCAAAUCCAAAACUAAUCUUGGGCACUUAUGAUGAAGAGGGGAGGAGCAUAUUUCAUUUUGCCAUCGAAAAUCGUCAAAAAGAGGUUUAUAGUCUUAUAUAUGAGCUUGAAGAAGAAGAGCGACAUGACAUUGCAGCUUGGUUUUCGAACUCUGGCAGUAUGCUGCAUUCUGCCGCGAAUUUAUCCUCACUUCCACAAUUUGAUGAUAUUCAAGAUGCAAGUUUGCAAAUGCAAAGAGAACUACAAUGGUUUAAGGAGGUGGAAAGUGUUGUACCUCUCGACUGUCAUGAAUCUCGAAAUCUUUCAGACAGUAUAACAGCACAUGAACUAUUUACCAAGAAUCACAAGAAAUUGAUAGAGGAUGCAGAAAAUUCGACGAAAGGAACAACAACUUCUUGUACAGUUGUAGGUGCUCUUAUUGUUACAAUGACGUUUGCUGCAGCUUUCACAGUUCCUGGUGGAAAUAAUGACAACACAGGCCUUCCCUUGGUACUAUAUAGAAAGUUGUUCAAGGUUCUUAUAGUUUCAGAUACCAUAUCACUUGUUUCUUCCACAACUUCAGUGAUUACAUUCCUGGGAAUACUCACCUCACGUUAUGCAAAAGAUGAUUUUCUCAAAUCUUUGCCCACAAAGAUGAUGAUUGGCCUGUUCACACUUUUUUUCUCUAUUGCCACCAUGAUGAUUGCAUUUUCUUGUGCACUUGUCAUUGUGCUUGACGGAGAAGCAUGGAUUGUUAUACCAUGUAUUUUGUUUGCUAGUGUUCCAGCCAUAUCAUUUGUAUGGUUGUUGUUUCCUCUCCUCGGCAAAAUUUUCAUGUCUACUUAUGGACCUGGAAUAUUUGACAAAAGAAAUAAAGUCAAACCCUGAUUUACUAAUUUGAUGCUAUCUUUGAUA